UGUCAUUUCCCCCUUCGGACUGACUGGCAGAGGUAGGGGGAGAUCAUGAGUGGGGUGGUUUAGCUCAUGGGACGAGAUUGGGGGGGGCACUGUGCAACUUGUUGGACGGGACUUGAUGCUUACAUUCAAACAGAAGCCAAGCAAGAACAGACCUGAAGGCCGCUGGGAGUAAAGAGGAAAUUCACUCAAGAUUCACACACCUUCCGCGGAAAGGUUUUGAGAAGUUAUACUCUGUUGGGAAAUGGUUACCAAAGGCUGAUCAGGAAAAAGGAAGGGGUAAAGCAGGGCCGUCACUUUCAAGAGACAAGUCAAGGGAGCUGUUAAUGCAACAUGAUCCAGUGGGUCUUGCCCUAAAAAUACCUCUCGGCAGGAGAGUGGCUGCUAACUCUAUCUGCUUAAUUACCUGGCAAUCAACAAUUUAUUUUUCUUCUUCGGACAACAUCUGAGGUCAGAGAACAGUGAUUUGAGGAGAAUUUAUCCGCGGCAGAUAUGUUUCUAGAUAUUUUGAUUUGGCUUUUCAAGUAAAAGAGUGAGACUAUCUAAAAUUUAAAAAUGUGAGAGCCUUGUUAGCUGUAAUGUAUAUGUAAAGCCUGCUCACAGACUCUAAUGCCCUCAGUGGAAUUUGGUUUAGAAAACUGAGAGAGGGCCUGGUCCGUGUUGUAGUCAUACAAUCCACAUACACAUUUACAGAAUCCAUUGUAAGUUGAUAUCAAAUCAGUCCAACCAUGAGAAAAGCUGAGGUGCAAAUGACCCUGAAAAAAGGGGCAGAUGAAGCAGUGGCACCCCCGAGCCCCAUCAUCCCCCCAAAGCGGUCCAAAGCGAGCCCAGAGCAAGCCGUCCCGGAACCUGGAGGACCUGGUCUUCCCACCCCAACUCCACCAGUUUUUAUACGCAAAAUGAGGAACGCCGCAGUGGGGACAGGCUGUGACAUCCGUCUCAAGGUAACUGUGGCUGGAGACCCCCAGCCGUCCCUGUACUGGUACCACAAUGAUGACCUCCUCAACAUGGAGAACCAGGAGUACGGAGGGCUCUGGAUUAGGGAUUGCAAACCCAGCGAUGCGGGCCUCUACACCUGCAUCGCCAAUAAUCACCUGGGAGAGGCAAGGAGCAGCGCUGUACUCGCUGUCUUGGAUCUGGGUGAAGAUUCCGAGACAACAGAGGAUGAAGGUGGAGACCAAUUUGAGACCAAAGAAGAUGGUGGGGAUGUUGAGGACCAGGCUGUGUAUACAGUGAUCGACAAAUGUGCUGAAGAUGACAAUAGAACACAUGGACAUGAGGAUCAUUCUAACACAACCAGGAACCAGUCAGACAAUUUUUCAAGAGAAUCUCCUCCAGAAGUCCUCCCACCCCCAUCCCCAAGACUUGUCAAACGUCCCUCCACCUCUCCAAUGCCAAGUCGCUCUGGUUCAACUACACCUCUCAGCUUGCGGAAGAAAACUGUUGUGCCAACUGAAUACCAAGACACAGUGCCUGGGGAGUUUGAAGAAAAGAUUAAGCAGCCAAAAUCAGUCUCCCAAAGUAACACCCAGGACUCCCGACCACAGACUCCACUGAGCGAGUACUCCCGGAAAGAAUUUACUCUCAGACCAUCCCCAAAGCUUACCAGGGCAAGCUCAAAGGUUUUCGAGAAGGUCCGUGGCUUAGAGGAGCGGAGACGAAGCCUUGAUAUUCCAGAAGGUUCCAUCUCGGGAAGAUCCUGGGCAGGGUUCAAUCGUGCUGGAUCUGUAGAUUCAGAUGACGGAGGAAGCCGAUUGGGCAUCUCUAGAGAAAGUUCAAGGGAAGAUCUAAGGGAGGCUUUGAAAGAGGAUGCUGCUGAACGGAGAUCUAUGUUUAGACAGAGAGCUGCUUCGCUGGAGGACAAACCUCGCUACUCCCAAAAAGUUCAGGACAUUGAGAACAAGUUCACUGAGGAGCUCCAGCGCAUUAAGAAACUUGUUGGUAAACCUCAUCUGAAGAAGUCAUUUUCAACUGAGCAACUCACUCUGAAGAGCAAGCAUCGCCAGCCUCUCAGGAAAAUUGAACCUAUUCCUCCACAAGUCCUUCAAAAACUCCAAGAAAGGGAACGUGCCCAGUGGGCAAAAGAACAGAGAGAAAAGGAACUAAGUCAGCAACCAAUGCAGCAACAACAGCAAAUACCGCAAGACCAGCACACAACCCAACCACAAAAGACAGCAAGCACUGGUUCAACAACUGUAACAGUUAGUAGAUUUGGAGAGGUUGCAGGCACCCCAGAGUCCAUGCAGUUAUCUGACUUACCAGGACAACGAUCAGUGAGAGAAUUAAGUAGAGUCAGUCCAGUCACAGAAAUCAUUCAGAGAUCAUCGUCACCAGCAUUAUAUUAUCAACAAAGGGAAGAGUCACCAAGCAGAAAUAUUGCUGAGAUGACAUUACGCAAAGUUGAACGAAGGCCACCAAGUCCACUUGUACAAAGGGUAUCUCGAAUGCAAGAAUCCCAGCACAUCCAAGACUCUCUUGUGCAAACGUCACAUAAAGAUGAGACCUCGGGGAGAAAGACGCCGAUAGAACUAAUGAUAAGAAAAAUUGAAAAUAGACCUGAAAGUCCACUGGUACAAAAAAGGGCUGUCAUUGUGCAAGAUCUCCCUCCUCAACCUCCUCUAAAACCCUCAAGGAUGUCAGCGGUCAGUCCACAGGAGGAGAAAAUGGAAGUGGAGCUAUCUAAACCAGCCCUAAAGAUAAGAAUCCCUGCAAUUAUUGUUGAAGAUGAAAAAAUGGAAGAGGAUGUUCCUGUGAGGACAAGUGAGCCUCAGCAGAUUACUACUAGUGCCAAUGAAGGACAACAGCAGAAGACCAAAGGAAAGAAACGUCGCCCUCGACCCAUGUCUCCAGAGUUAGAUUCUUCAGAUGAUUCUUACGUGUCUGCUGGAGAAGACCCAAUGGAGGCCCCUUUAUUUGAGUUUCCCCUCAAGGACACUGUAGCAUCUGCUGGUGCAGAUGUGCUACUAAAAUGCAUCAUUGCUGGCACCCCCAUUCCUGAAGUUACCUGGACGAAAGACAACACUGGAAUCAUCGGCUUUGCAAAUUACGCAGUCAAAGUUGAGGGUGAACGACAUAGUUUGCUCAUCAAAUCAGCUAGAAUAAGUGAUGGUGGAAAAUAUUGUGUAACUGCUGUUAAUCAGGUGGGCAGAGCAUCCAGCAGUGCCACCCUUAUAGUUAAAGCAGAGUCUGUGAAGGAGCUGAAGGGAAACCUUGGCGUUCCUAUGGAUAUCAGCAGCCCUAUUACAUCUGAUGAGGAGUAUCUCAGUCCCCUGGAGGAAGGAAUGGAUUUUGGAGGGCCAGAACCAAGGCGAAGUAUUGACACACGAUUCAGGAAACCUCCUGCAUUCCUGGUAACAAUGAGUGAUCAAGAUGUCAUUGAAGGACAGGAAGUCACCAUGUCUGUCCGAAUAAGUGGACAACCCAAACCCAUGCUCUAUUGGCUGAGGGACAGAGUUACAGUGAAAACAGGCCCACGUCACAUUGUGCGUGAGACAGAAGAUGGGACUUUUGAAAUGACCAUCAAGUCAGUGGUGCGAUCAGACUCUGGGAUUUACACCUGUAAGAUCAUUAAUGAGUAUGGGACAAAGCAGUGUGAAGGAAAGCUGCAGGUGCAAGCACCAUCAGUUGAGCCUGGCCUGGCAGUCAUCCGCCCGGUCAGGGACAUCACAGCCAAGGCUGGAGAGACAGUUUUGUUUGAGUGUCAUGUCAUCGGACCGAAGGACACUGAUGUGGACUGGCUCGCAGAUGGGAAACUGAUCCAGCCAGCAUUGCUCAACUGUAAGAUGCACUUCGAUGGAAGAAAGUGCCGUCUGCUGCUCAACUCCGUACACGAGGAUGAUAGCGGGACAUACAUGUGCAAGCUUAGCACAGCUAAAGAGGAAGUGACUUCAUGUGGCAAGCUCAAAGUCAUGCCUUCAUUCGAACCUCUCUUCACUCGAAAGCUGGACGUUCUAGAAGUGAUUGAAGGGCGUAACGCUCGAUUUGACUGCAAAGUCAGUGGGACGCCAUCUCCUAAAAUCAUCUGGAGUCACUUUGAUCAUCCGCUUGCAGAAAGUGAGGACAUUCGUAUUCUUCAGGAGGGCGGCCGCCACUCUCUCAUCAUUUCUCAUGUGACCAAUGAGGAUGAGGGUUUUUACACUGUCGUGGCCCGUAACAGUCAUGGCGAGGCAGAGAGCUCCGCCGAACUUUACAUUCAAGAACCGCGGCCAGCCAUCUCCUCACAGAUGGCUAAACUGGAGAAGAUGCCAUCGAUCCCAGAGGAGCCAGAGGUCCCAGAGAAUGAGGUGGAACGUUUCACUAUGCCUGACUUCAUCAAACCCCUUUAUGACCUAGAUGUGAUCGAGGGAAAGGAGGCCGUGCUCAAAUGUAAAGUGGCUGGUUUGCCGUACCCCACCAUUGUCUGGUUCCACAACGGCAAAAGGAUUGAGAGCACAGAGGACAGAAAGAUGACACAGUUCCGUGACGUCCACAGCCUGGUCAUCCGCUCUGUGUGCCAUGCACAUGGUGGUGUCUACAAGAGUGUCAUCUCUAACAAAGUUGGCAAGGCCACCUGCUAUGCUCAUCUCUAUGUCACAGAUAUUCUCCCUGACCCUCCUGAUGGGACUCCAGUAAUCAAAUCCAUCACUGGUAAAACCAUCACCUUAAGCUGGAAGAAACCAAGGAGGCUGGACCCUUCCAUUGACCCCAGCUCCCUGAUGUAUGCCAUUCAACAACAGGCCCUGGGCUCCAUCCAGUGGACUAUCAUAGCUUCUGGCCUGAAAGAGACCACCUACAUCAUCACCACCCUCUCCAAAAGUGUCCGCUAUGCUUUCAGGGUCCUGACCAUCACCUCCAAAGCCUUCAGCAAGCCCUCACCUGCCACCGACCCAGUGCAGCUCCUGGACAGAGGUUCCUAUCUUCAGGAGGCUCCAGUAAUUAUAGAUAAGCCAGAAAUUGUCUAUGUGAUUGAAAACCAGUCAGUCAACAUCACUGUCACCCUCAAUCAUGUCAACGCUGCAGUCAUCUGGAAGAGGAGGGGAGUGGUCCUAUCCAGCAAGCCAGGCCUGUAUGAGAUGACAAUGCCAGAUGACGACCAGCACACUCUGAAGCUGCUCAAAGUGAAGAGUGCUGACAUCGGAGAGAUGGUAUUUACAGCCUCCAACAAGUACGGCAGUGACAGCUGCACUUUUAAUGUGGAGAUGGCAGCUCCACCAACAUUUGAAACUAUCAUGGAGGACUUGGACGUUUGUUCUGGGGAGACCCCUCGCUUUGCUGUGGUUGUGGAGGGCAAACCCAUUCCUGACAUCCUCUGGUUUAAGAAUGACAUCCUGCUGUCGGAGAGCAGUCAUUACACAUUUGUGUAUGAUGAUAAUGAAUGUUCCCUGGUGGUCCUAAACGCUCGCCCAGGAGACUCUGGGGUUUACACCUGCACUGCUAGGAACUUGGCAGGAUCUGUGUCCUGUAAAGCUGAACUCACCAUUCAUGAAGCUAAAAGUAAAGAGGAUCCAAUGGACGAUGAGGGGACUAUUUUAAGGAAAAUGCGCCGACUGACUGACCACUAUGACAUCCACAAGGAAAUUGGAAGAGGUGCAUUUUCCUAUGUGAAACGAGUCACCCAGAAGGUAGGCAAAAUGGAGUAUGCCGCAAAGUUCAUCUCCACACGGGCCAAGAAGAAGGCGUCUGCUCUGAGAGAGAUGAACCUGCUUUCCAAGCUGGAUCACGAGAGAGUCCUUUACUUUCAUGAUGCCUUUGAGAAAAAGAAUGCAGUCAUUAUCAUCACUGAAAUAUGCCACGAGGAGCUACUAGACAGAUUUACAAGGAAAUCUACAGUAAUGGAGUCUGAUGUACGUUUAUGCAUAAGACAAUUGCUUGAGGGAUUGGACUACCUUCAUCAUCUAAACAUCAUACACCUGGACAUUAAGCCUGAUAACCUCCUCAUGGCAGACUCCCAUAGUGAUCAGAUCCGAAUCUGUGACUUUGGCAACGCAGUGGAGAUCACACCUGAUGAGGCUCAGUACUGCAAAUAUGGAACACCAGAAUUUGUUGCACCAGAAAUAGUCAAUCAGACCCCUGUGUCAAAAGCAUCGGACAUCUGGUCAGUUGGAGUUAUUGCAUAUCUGUGCCUGACUGGAGUGUCUCCAUUUGCUGGAGAAAAUGACCGCAGCUCCGUACUGAACAUCAGGAACUAUAAUGUGGCCUUUGAGGAGAGUAUGUUUGCUGACCUUUGUCGAGAGGCUAAAGGAUUCAUCAUAAAGCUGCUGGUAGCAGAUAGGCUGAGACCUGAUACUCAAGAAUGUCUCAGACACCCCUGGUUCAAGACACUUAGCAAGGGGAAGGCAAUAAAUACAGAGGCCCUGAGGAAGUUUGUAUCUCGCAGAAAAUGGCAGCGUUCACUAAUCAGCUAUAAAUCAAAAAUGGUCAUGAGGUCCAUACCUGAGUUGCUGAAUGAUUCCUCCAGCCAUAUCUCCAUAGCAGUUCCCAGGCACCUUAAAGAAGGUUCUCCUUUGCCAUCGUCAUCCUCGGAUUCUGAUGAAGACAUUGAUGAAUUGCCAUUUAUUCCAAUGCCAAUUAAUAUGGAAUUCUCUGGAUCAAGGAUGUCACUGAAUGACAUCCAGACCAAUGAGCAGGAGACAGGAAAGCAGGAUGGAACAAGUAAAUGGUCUGGGUCUCCUGUUCAAGCCGAGGAGGCAAUGGAGUGUGAUCCUAAACAAAUGGAUAAAGAAGGGCUCGAAUUACCAGGUAAAGGCCGCCCGCGGAAGAGGUCAUCACAAGACAAUGACCGGGGUUCAUCAGAUGAAGAAUCACCUGCUGAAUUACCACAAAAGUCGGAACUGACUAGAAAACCCCUGCGAAGAGGUUCAAGCAUGGAGUCAGAUAAACCAGAGGGUGGCAGACGAAGAGGUGAGCUAAGACGUGGAGGCUCAGCUGACAGUGCAUUGCUGCUCCGGAUUACGCCUGAGGAAGGCGCUGGAGAAGGAAACCAAGAGGAAGGCAGGAGAGUUCUCAAGAAAGCUGUCUCUAUGGAACUACCAAGGAGGAGCACAAGCCCAGGAACUGCCAAGAUGAGUCAAGAAGACUACGCUCUGAAACUAGAGCUGAUGAGACAGCGACUGCUUCGUGGUGGCUCUGUGGACAACAAGAUGAGUGGUCUGAGAGGACCUUUGUUGGAAACACUAGGAAUGGGAGAUGAAAAACGUGCAAUAUCUUCAGAUCGCUACUCUCGGACUGCCCGUUUGGGCCCACCUCCACUAACUAGAGCUGCAUCCAGUGAUUCCGCAAGGGACGAAGUUCCCAAACCCAAGAUUUUGCGCAAAACUGCUUCUUUCAGUCAAGGCGAUUCAGAACCCAUAGCUUUACACCGCCGGUCAGGAGCUCCCUUAGAGAUUCCCUUGGCACAGAUAGAAGAGAGGAGGCUCAAGGAGGCUAUAUCUAUGUCAUCUCUCACUGAGCAAAUCAAGCUAGACUCUCGUCCAGUUACUCCCAGGGAACCUUCGCCCAAGCCGCCAACACCAGAGUCUGUUGUGCAGGAAAGUCCAAACAAAACAGAAAGCGAGGAAUCAUUCAUGGAGAAAGAGAUUAAGGCUGAUGAGACUAUGAAUGAAAAGAUGGAUGGGCUGACUACAGAUAGUAAUUUUGAUGAGAGAUCAAGCACAAGUGGCUUCUCAGAGAAGGAUAUGAGCAUAUCAGAAGAACCAAUGAUUGAAUCAGAGUAUACGGGCCAAGGAAUUCCUACACCUCCUCUUGUGGUCCAAAGCUCUAAACUAGAAGAAAAAAUGGAUAAAGAAGAGGGAGAAAAAGAGUAUGAAGAAAAGGAAGAGAUUAUGAAAGAAGAAGAAGAAAAAAUUGUCAGUGUUGCUGAAGUUUCUGAAGAAAAGAUGGAAGAAGAAGUAAAUAUGCCUGAUAAAUCUUCUGACAUUAUCAUAACCACAAGCUCAGUUAUGGUGAGACCAACACAAGAAUAUUCCCAUCCCCCAGCAAAUGCCGUGUCAACUUAUGUGACACCCUCACUUCCUGCUAGAGUAGUUCUUCCAGAUGGAAGGACUUCAGCAUAUGCCAGUAUAAUGCAGGCCAUCAUGGUCCCUUCAAUUCAGCCUGUCAGUGAUCAACCUUUAGGCCCCUCCACACCUGUUGUUGUUCCAGCCACAUCUUCAUCUGCCAGCAUGUCCACUGCUUUACCUGGUCCACCAAAGCCAGUCAUCCUGUCAACCACUGAGCACCCUGCUGUAUACUCCAGGGUAGCAUCGCCUGAAAUGAUCACAAAAGAACCCAGUCCACCGAAGACUACCACACAUUCCUCAUCCCAACAAGAGCUCUCAGCAGGAGCUGACUUUGAGGACAUUAGCUCUGAAGAGGUCUUUGAGGCUCGUUUUAAAAAACGUGAGUCUUCCCUCUCAAGAAGUCUAAAAUUUCUGUCACGGCCUAAGAAUGAGGACAAAUCACAAGUGAUUGACUCUGCAGAGUCAUGUGAGGAGAUAUACAGACCUGGGCCAAUUGGUGCACCGGUAGAAUUAGCCCAGAGGAGACUUGAAGAGAAAUCAAAGUCAGUCCUGGACCUUCGUGAAGCUCAAAAGGACCAAGGCUUUAUGAAAAGACUCUCUAUGCGCCUGAAGAGAACUCCGUCAACUGAGCGCAAGGACGAAAUGACCAAAGAAGAAGAUUCAAAUACUUCAAGACGUAGGCUUUCUUGGACUCUUGGCCGAAGAGGGUCACAGGAAAAGAAGGAAGUAGAGAUGAUGCGCAUGGAUGGUGGAGGUGAUACAUCAGUGGAACAAGAUGAAAAGGAGCUUAAGAAACCUAAUGAAUCACCAGUCUUGGCAAUGCGCAGAAAGAUUGAAUCAACAGUGGCUGGUAUCUCCACAAGAAUUCGCAGCUACUCAGAGGAAAGGAGAGCAUCAGAGGACAAAGAAUCCAAGAGGACACCAAUUUUUUCCAUGCUUCGUCGUUCAACAUCAGAGAGCCGUGCUCCAAAGGUUGCCAGUAUUCCUCAGAACCAGCUGGCAUCUCAGACCAGCAAUGGUGCCUCAUCAGAGUCUCUAGACUCUAUGUCCAGCCUUAAGUCAGAGACAUCAAAGGGUGUGGAGGCUGAGCGCAGAUCUCGAUGGGAUCGAUGGGGCCUGACAAGAGGGAGGCGAGACAAGACAGUAUCACAGCCUGACAUACCAACAACAAUCUCCAGAGAAAAUAGUUCCCUACGUUCACGCCAGUACUCCAAACUGGCAUCUGAUUUCCCUCCAGUAUUCCACAUCAAGCUUAGAGAUCAUGUCCUGCUAGAGGGGGAUCCAGUCACACUCAGCUGUCUGCCAGCAGGCAGCCCCCACCCAAACAUCACCUGGAUGAAAGAUAAGAAGCCCCUGGAGAUUGAUGCAAGGAUGAACAUGAUCGCCUGCCCUGAUGGCCGCCAACUACUGAUGAUCAUGCAGACCACCAAAAAGGAUGCAGGGGUCUAUGAAUGUGUUGCUACAAACCCCCUAGCCUCUGUGUCCAGCUCUUGCACAAUAUCUCUUGCCCGUCUGCCCAAUCGUCCUGGGACCCCUGAAAUACCUCAGAAGUACAACAACACAGCCUUGGUUCUGUGGAGGCCCUCAGACACCAUGGCCCCUUGCACAUACUCUCUGGAGAGAAAAGCAGAGGGUGAGACCAACUGGUUGAUCAUGGCUACAGGGGUGGCAGACUGUUAUUACAAUGUGGUUGACUUGCCAGCAGGGGGAGCCUUCAGGUUUAGGGUGGCAUGUGUCAAUAAAGCUGGCCAGGGCCCCUACAGCAACCUCUCAGAAGUAAUAAGCAUGGAUGUUUCAGAACCAGCUAAAUCCAGUGCUCCAGUAGUAGUCAAGACUGUCCCUGCAACUUCACCUCCUGCCCCCGUGGUGAUGAUGUCAUCCAUGAAAGUGCCUCCCAUUAAACCAGCUCCUAGUAAAUCCACUACAGUAACGCCUGCCCCACCCUCAGCGCCAGCGCCAGCACCGGCGUCUGCUCCUGCUCCUGCUCCUGCUCCAUCUGUGGCUAAAUCUGCUUCUCCAGUAACCAUCAAACCCACUGUGCAGGUCACUCCACCCGUUAGUACAGCCCCCUCAGAAAAAGCUCCUGUUCAGACCACCACAGCUGUCCAAGCUACACCAGCAAAAGCCAAGACCACCAUUAGCAUCAGUGUGAGCAAACCCCAAACAAAACUGGCACUUCCCCCUGUUGUCCCACCCAAACCUCAGAGUCCUGUAAAUCCAGUCCCCUCCAUAACCAACAAACCACCUUCUCCUGUACCAGCACCUGCACCUGUCAUUGGGAAACCUAUUUCAUCUGUUCCGAUGUACGUGCCAGCUGCAACCACCCGCGUUACUCCACCUUCUCAAUCUAGUACCACCCCGACAACCACCACCCCUUCAGUCACUCCAGUGACUAUCUCACCACCCGUGGUGGUCGUGCAGAGCUUGACACCUCAGCUGCAAGGGGGAGACAACCGGGCUACCCCAUCUGGACGGGUCACACCAUCAGGACGGGUCACACCUUCGGGACGCAGGACGCCAUUGGGCAAGCCUGGAGAGGGAUCUCUGCGCCAGGGUGUUCCCCAGAAGCCUUACACCUUCAUGGAUGAGAAAGCAAGGGGUCGGUUUGGGGUGAUCCGUGAGUGCCGGGAAAACGCCACAGGCAACCUCUUCAUGGCUAAGAUCGUUCCAUAUGAAGCAAACAGCAAGCAGGAGGUGCUGCAGGAGUACGACAUCCUCAAGUCUCUUCAUCAUGACAGAAUCAUGGCUCUGCAUGAAGCUUACGUCACACCGCGCUACCUGGUUCUCAUCUCUGAGUACUGCAGUGGGAAGGAGCUGCUCUUCAGCCUCAUAGACAGGUUCCGUUACUCAGAGGAUGAUGUGGUGACCUACAUUGUGCAGAUCCUCCAGGGUGUGGACUACCUCCAUACCCGACGCAUCCUCCACCUGGACAUCAAGCCAGAGAACGUCAUCGUCACCUACAUGAACGUCAUCAAGAUCAUUGACUUUGGCAGUUCUCAGACUUACAACCCUCUCUUCCUCAAGCAGUUCAGCCCUCCUAUUGGAACACUGGAGUAUAUGUCUCCAGAGAUGUUGAAAGGGGAUGUUGUGGGCCCUCCAGCUGACAUCUGGAGCGUGGGCGUAUUGACUUUCAUCAUGUUGAGCGGCAAGUCACCUUUCAUUGAAAAUGAUCCUCAGGAGACUGAAGCCAGGAUCCAGGCGGCAAAGUUUGACCUCUCUAAGCUCUACCAGAAUGUGUCCCAAAGUGCCUCUCUGUUUCUUAAAAAGAUUCUCUGUAGCUACCCUUGGGCCCGUCCUUCCAUUAAGGACUGCUUCAGUAACUCCUGGCUUCAAGAUGCCUACCUGAUGCGCCUUCGUAGGCAGACUCUCACCUUUACAACUACCCGUCUCAAGGAAUUCUUGGCCGACCAGCAGCGCAGGCGAGAGGAGGUGGCCACCAAGCACAAAGUUCUCCUGCGGUCCUACCAGAGCUCGCCACAAACCCCCACCAGCCCCGCCACACCAAAUGUGCCAACCUCACCCACCACACCUGUCACCCAAUGAAAACAGGCUUCCAAACACCAGAUGGCGGGACUUUAAGACAAGACUUUGGGCCGCGAGGUGGGGUGGUCCCUUCAGGUUUGAGUUGUUGAACUUGGUCGGAAGGGGAAAAAGAAAACUCAAGAAACCAGCAGUGGCUGUGGUCUACAGAGACGUCACUUCUCUUUCUUUUCUGGUUCUGAAGGAGGAUCUAAAAGAAAGGGAACUCUUACAGUUACAAGAGCCUGGCUGCGUUUUUUUUUUUAAAUGGUGGACCUUGUUCAUGCAAGGCAGGAUGUUGUCUUCAAGUUAGUACCUCAAGGUUUGUAACUUUGCAUACAUUUUGGAUAAAUUACUUCCUUUCUUACUGUCAACUCUACAGUGAUUAGAGGGGACACAAAUGAAUACAUUGUAGUAACCCACCAUUAAAGGCCUAAAAUUGCUGUAAUAGAGUUUUGAUGUUGAAAGUAUUGUUUCAUUUAAGUACAAGCUAUUCACGAGAUUCCACAAUAACAAGUACUUAGCACAAUUUCAAAAUAAGGCGUGCUAAAACAAUUGCAACACCUCUACUUAAUCAGUCUAUAGUCUUAUAUUCAAAUGUUUCCUGACCAGAAGUUCAUUCUAUAAUGUCUAAUCCUGUGUCCUUGAUUAAGGACAGCCUAGCCUGACGCUAAAUAUUGCUCUCCAUAAACUUAAUCCAGAUUGAAUUGAAGCAGUUAAUUGUGCUACAGUACCUAAGUUUUUAUACUGCUGUAGCAUCUCAGUGAUUGUCAAGAUUGUAGCAGUUCCAGUUAAAGUUCCUUUCUUGUUUUGAGUUUUAAAAGAAAUUAUAUUCAGAGUUCAGAGGAUACAUUGGAGGAUUCUCUACAAGGGCUAUUAGAAAAGCAUUCUUAGAAUCAGCACACAUUUCUUCCCUGAUGGUACAAAAUAGUAUAGUAAUGAUUCUCUCAUUGUCAAAAGCAUUAUAUAUUUAUUCAAAUUUGUUAUAAGAUCAUUAUUUCUGCUCCGAGUGAUGAUAUGGACGGCAUAAGUGGCUCCAUGCAGGACUGACACUGUGUGGGCUGCUUGGCAGGCACUAGUUCCUUCACCACAAAUAUGCUUACAACCACUGCAUUGGCUUCCAGAUGAACUAAACUCUUCCACUCAGCCCCAGUGUAAAGGAUCCAGGUUGAUUAGCCACGUAGAGAUAUUUACACUCAUCUCUGAGUUUACUAAAAUGAGGUUUACAAGUUAUUCAUAGUAUGCUUAGACUGUGCAUACAAAACUUUGCCUGAGAUCAUCAUUAAAUGUAAGAUUAUUCAGGGGGUUAGUGGGAAACCGAAUCGCUUUAACAACCCACUGGUGAUACUGGGGUGCCUCCAAGUGCCCUUAACCAGUUAGCAUUAGUCAGCAUAAAAAAAUAGCCUCUGUAAUUCAUUGAAAAAGGAUGUUUAUUGAGAUGUUGUUGAGUGUAUGAGUUCUUAUUUUAGCUGUAAUUUUUAAUUGCUAACAGCUACUGCUUUGAAAAACAAAGGUUUUGCUUUAUUUGGUUUUUAUAAAUUACGGUUUUUAAAUGGCAGAACUUUUUAUAAAUAAAGCAAAGUAAGAUUUAAAAUGGUUAUAAUUAGCAUUAUAUUUCACAUAAAUUAUUAUUUAUAUAUUCCCUUAAUUAAGUGUCACACACCUUUUUGGUUUCCAGCUCAUAGGACACUGUGUGCAGUGAUCAAAACAUAAAAUCAAUACAUAUGCAACACUGCAGCAGACUGUACAAAACAUGACAUCAUAAAUUCUAGGAAAUAUUUAAUUAAUUUGUAAAUAGGAGACACUUUCUCCGUAUUCCAUGUUCUAUAUUUGAGAUGAGAUAUAUUUAGGUAUGUACCUCUUAAUAAAUAAAAUAACAUAAAUAAAAAGAGGUAUUUGUUGAUCAUCAAGAAAAUGUAAAUGAGAGUAUAAAUUAUCCUAAACUAAACAAUUACAAAAUGGAUAAAUUCUAAUUAUAUAUUUUAAUCUAUUUUUUUGCAUAAAACACAUAAUUUCUAGGUACAAUAGUGAAGACUGCAAUUGGACACAUACUGACAUUUGUCCCUUGGUUAGACUGAAAGUUGAAUACGACUCUGGUGUUUUGGUGUUUAAAGAUUAUUUAUGUUCUCACUUUAGUUAUAUGCAAAGGGAUUACUGAUAUGAGUAAAAAAAACUAUUUGGUUUGCAGUAUAGUCUGUUUCCAAAUAUGUCGUUAUCCCCCUUUUGUCCAAGGAUGGUUCAUCCUAACGUUGGUCAGUUCCAAUAUAUUUUUCUUUAACAUUGCACUGGCCAUAAAUCGGGGAUUCACUGAUCAUUUGUCCUCAUUACUUUAUGGUAAAUAAAUGGCUAAGUUGUAUUGUUUCUUUCAUUUUGCUUUGCCUUGUGAGGGCAAAUUCAGUUUUAAGACCAGCAUGUGAUACUUUUGCACAAAUGUCAGAUUUUUGAUCAUUUUGCCGUCACAUGUAUUGAUAUCAAGUACAGAUUUGCACACUUAACACACAAAGCGUACUUUCUGUUUUAUUUAAAGAAAGUAUGAAGGAAUCACAAACAGAUGCUGAUGAGUCUUUCACAAGGAUAUCACAUAAAGCUGCAUCACACAUCCUGCAACUUCAUGACUCGUUUAAUUUGUGUAUUGACUGACAGAGAUCGUUGGUAAUUCUAUGAAAUUAUUUUACUAAUUCUACAUAUUCUAAUGCUAUUGCUAGAUAAAUACUGCCCUUUUCUGCAGCUCUUUGUCUUUUUGGCUCAGUCAUUUUUCCUAUGCAUAGUAGAAGUUAAUCACAGAGGGCGUUGUUUUAAACCCGAAGGACAACAUGCAAGAUCAGCAUGAGAAUGCAACGUUGCAUUCAAUUCUAAACGUUUGUGCAAUAUAUCAUGUUCUUUAAUCAUAUAAAAUGAAAUACAAACAGGGUUUUGAAAAAGAUGUUGAACGCUCCACAUUUUGUAUUAAGAUCCUCUGCCGUAUUUUGUGGAAUGUGUUGCAGUGCCUCGUGAUGGAUAUUAGACCCACAGAGAAAAUAGUUUGUUAAAUGAAUGAUAAGUUCUUUAUUUUGAUUAUAUGAAUGUGACUGCUUCGUGUGUGUUUCAGCAAUUUGUUUAUUUAUUGAGUGACUGUAUUUGUUAUAGCUUCUGCUUUUUAUUUUGUGAAAUUUCUGAAUCUGGCAUGGAAAAGGCAUGACAGCUGUUAAGGCUAUGAACAAUAAACGAAAUAUGACAAAUAAA